AUGGGGCGAGUGGCGGUCUUCAUAUGUGCAACUUUGCUGCUCCUGUCUCAGCACAGGGCAGCAGCAAAGUCCCAGCCGCAGCGCAAAGCCACUGUGCACACAGUCAUCACCACAGAGUGCACACCUUACUUUGACUGGCAGAUCCUCGGCCUUGUCUACAGCUACAAGCGGGCGAAGCAGCCGGGCAGCUUCACGCGGCUGUUGAGCUGCACGGAUGAGCAGCUGCAGAACUACAAGGGGCUGGACCUGGUGCCCACGCAUGUGGUGCCCAGCCUGACCAUGGACCCCAACAAGGAACACAAUGAUCAUUACUCUGCCUACAACAAGCCCGGCGCUGUGCUCUUCUGGCUGCAGGAUGUGGAACCAGAGGAAGACUACAUCCUUGUCAUAGACGCCGACAUGAUCUUCCGCUCGCCCUUCAUUCCUGAACAGAUGGGCGUGUCUCCAGGCGCGUUCCAUACUUCUGCAGACUCCGACACUUUGCAGACUCGCACUGCUCGUUGGGCUGUGUCGGCCUAUUUCGGCUACCUCAAGGGGGUCAAGAAUGAGCUGGCGCUCAAACAUGUGCCCUAUGUGGAGCCCAGAAACGACACCCUGGCAGGGCCGGAAGGCAGGAGGGGAGACCAGGUAGGAGGCUUCUGCAUCAUGCAUAAGGAGGAUCUGAAGCGGGUGGCGCCGCUGUGGCUCAAGUUCUCCAAGGCGGUCCGCCACGACCCAGACGCGUGGAACUUGACAGGGGACGCGUUCACGCACAACCCAGGGGACAAGCCGUGGAUCAGUGAGAUGUAUGGGUACUCGUUCGGCACCGCCUCUGCCAAUGUCUGGCACCACGUGGACUACGAGGCCAUGCUGUACCCAGGCUACACCACUUACGUGCCGCCCAAGGUCUUGCACUACGGGCUGCACUGGGAGGUCGGCAAGACGGGCUACGAGUUUGACAAGCACUGGUUCUAUGACUUUGACGCGCUGCAGUGCCCACCCUGGAACCUGACUGGCAACUCCAGGGGCGGCCUCUUCAGGCACCCUCCCCACCCUGCCACGUACCCAACCAAGGGGUUUGAUCUUCUGGUGGACAUGCUAGCGGCGGAGCCAAUGAUCGUGCUGAAUGCUGCCUUCUGCGAGCUGCACAGGAAGCGCUGCCCGCCCUCUGAGCAGCUCAUGAGAGAAUGCUCAUAUGCAGAGCAGCUGAUGCGGGACUUUGACAGCAUUGCCGUGGGACUGCAAGAUCGGUGUCCCAAGUGGGCAGGCAACAACGAGUGUGUGACCAACCCCAGCUGGAUGAAGACCAAUUGCCGGCUGUCCUGUGGCACCUGUCCUCCUAAAACAAUACCUUUACAGGGGGAUGGGACAGGGCAGGGGCACCAGCUGCUGCUGGGGGGUGAGCGCAGGAUGGUGGGCAGGGGAGUCACAUCUGACGUGGCCACAUUCCUGCAUCACCUUGGCUGGGUCGGUGGGGCUGCUGCUGUGGUGUGGCACGGCUGCACUGUUCCUGACAUUUCUGCCGUCGCGCCGUUUGAGGCGAUCCCUCCUGAGAAACGGCGGAAGCAGCACCGGCGCGGCAUCGCGGCCGGCCACGCCAAGCAGUGCACAGAAGCACCGCCGAUCUGCCUGAACAACUGA